AUGUCAAGGCAAACGAGAUCCACCGCGAAAAGGCUAACUCGGAUUCGCGCAACCACUCCCGCGACGCGUGUGCCCGAUCAGGAAAGCCGCCUCUUUGACGACGUGAACGCGUGGGAGAGUUGGCUUGAUGAGAAUCACAACAUCAACUCUGGGCUAUGGCUUAGACUGGCCAAGAAGGAUUCUGGCGUUUCUUCUGUUACCUACGAUGAGGCACUCGACGUCGCCUUAUGCUUCGGAUGGAUCGAUGGCCAGAGAAAGGCCCUUGACGCGCAGCACUUUAUUCAGCGAUUCACACCGCGUCGCAAGGGGAGUCUCUGGUCGAAGCGCAACGUCAACAAGGUUGCGCCUCUCAUAGAAUCAGGAAAGAUGCGACCUUCGGGUCAAGCCGAGAUCGACGCGGCUCAAGCCGACGGGAGAUGGGAACGGGCGUACUCUUCAUCCAGCAACGCUGAGGUGCCCAAGGACUUCCAGGCGGCUCUUGACGACGACAAGGCAGCUGGCGAGUUCUUCAAGACCAUCAAUCGAUCCCAAAGGUACUCUUUCCUGCAACGCCUGGAGACGGCCAAGCGCCCUGAAACGAGACAGAAGAGGAUCGAGCAGUAUGUCACGUUGCUGGCAAGUGGAAAGUGUCUAUAG